AUAUGUCCGGCCGUGCCCGUGCCAGCGGCCAAGGCGGCUGUGUCUGCGCCAGGCUUCGGGCGCUCCGUGCCGGCUCUGACAUGAAUCGUGGUGCUGCCGUGUGCUGCGGGGUGAGCCCCUCGCCGCCGUGCAUGACGCCGUGGGCCGCUUCAUUUUCCUUUUAAAUUGUCCUCCGGGCGGUGCCGGCAGGUGCUGCUGCUGCGAGACGGCGGGGCGAGCAUGGGACCAGCAGAGCUGGUGCAGAAGAUCAGUAUCAGCGCCGAGAGCCCCCGCGGGAGCGAGAGCGGCGGCGCGGCCUUGGCGGGCGCUGAGGGGGCCGCCGGCGGCGGCUGGAGACACAAGUGUGCGGCCUAUGUGCUGGCGCUCCGACCCUGGAGCUUCAGCGCCUCGCUCACCCCUGUGGCGCUGGGCAGCGCCCUGGCGUACCGCGCUGAGGGAACGCUGGACCCGGGGCUGCUGCUGGGAAGCGCCGUGACCGUCCUGGCUGUGCACGGGGCCGGCAACUUGGUGAAUACGUACUAUGACUUUUCCAAAGGCAUCGAUCACAAGAAGAGUGAUGACAGGACAUUGGUGGACCAGAUUUUGGAGCCGCAGGAUGUAGUCCGGUUUGGAGUCUUUCUCUACACCGUGGGCUGUAUCUGUGCUGCUGGGCUCUACGCGGUCUCGACGCUGAAGCUGGAGCAUCUGGCCCUGAUUUACUUUGGAGGACUUUCCAGCUCCUUCCUUUAUACCGGAGGAAUUGGAUUUAAAUAUGUUGCCCUUGGCGAUGUGGUGAUCCUGAUCACCUUUGGGCCCCUGGCUGUGGUGUUUGCCCAUGCAGUGCAGGUUGGUUACCUGUCCCUGACCCCCCUGCUCUAUGCUGUCCCUCUGGCCCUCAGCACUGAGGCCAUCCUGCACAGCAACAACACCCGGGACAUGGAGUCAGACCGGCAGGCUGGAAUUGUCACCUUGGCCAUCCUCAUUGGCCCCACCUUCUCCUACAUGCUCUACACUGUGCUGCUCUUCCUGCCCUACCUGAUUUUCUGUGUGCUGGCCACACGCUACACCAUCAGCAUGGCACUGCCCCUGCUCACCAUCCCCAUGGCAUUUUCACUGGAGAGACAGUUCCGGAGUCAGAACUUCAACAAAAUUCCUCAGAGGACAGCCAAACUCAAUCUGCUGCUGGGGCUUUUCUAUGUUUUUGGCAUUACAUUGGCACCAGCUGGUGCUCUACCCAAACUGUGAAAGGAGCUGUAGGGUCAGGCCUCAUAAUUCACUCUUCAUGCCAAUUAACAGUGGAUGUUAUGAAUAAAUGGCCCAUUAUGGACAGUGAGAAGAAUGGAAAGACCACCUUGCACUGUUGAUAGUGAAUGUUACGAUUUCUGGUCUUGGAUAGCUUAUACAACACAGCUUAUACUUUCAAAAAAGUGAUUUAUCAGUUCUUCAGAAGGGGAGAACUGUGUGGCUUUGCAUUAAGGAACAAGGUGACAUAAGGUCAAGGAAAUGUUUAAAGAACCUCAUCCUUCUGCUACCUAAUUUUUUCACUGUCAGUUCAAUGAAAGAUAGAGCCUCAAAUCACGCUCUCCAUUCACUUCACAAGCACAAUGAUUCUUCUUAUCACUUCUUUUCUUAUAGUGGUGAAGGAGUCCAGUGGCUCCCAUAUGGGAAUCAGAAAACACUGCCAAAUGUUUAGUAUCACAACGUAGGUGCCAUUAAUUCACUGUCUUGUAAGUGUAUUUCAUCUUCAUCUGUAGUAUGUUUUCAUUUUUGUUUUGCUUUUCGUAGCCAAAUUUUGAGCUUUUAUUUCCAAGCCCCCUGAAAUGCACUAGAUAUUGAUUCAUGAACUGCUUCUGCUUGUCCCAUAUAGUCUAGAAAUUUCAAAGUUACAGAUCUCUGUGGGUUGUGGUGCUAAAAUGGAGCAUGAAUAGCCCACUGCACAAACUUUAGGCCAAAACCAGUAAAUCUGUAUUCUGCCACAAAAGCUGAAGCUGUAAAUGCAAACUGUGCAGCUGGAAAGCCCUUAAUGGGUAGCAAAACAAAUUGUUUCCAUUUUUGCAUUUGCAUAGAAUUUACUUUCUGAAAUGACAGUUUUUGAGUUUGGGGGAGCUGACAGAGUGCCAAAUUUCUCUGAAUAGCUAUGGAUUAAUGGAUACAUAGGUGGAAAACAAAUUCUUGAUUUUAAAAAAGGUGAGUUUUUUUCAAUUUGUUUUUCUCUGUUUAUUUAGAGUAUUAUUCACAGUAUUAUAGUGAAAUGUCUUAUUAUAAGAAGCCCAGUUCACCAAAGAAGAAAGAUAAAGUAUUAGAAGAAAACAAGUCUGGAUUAUUGCAUUGGCUCUGCAUAAAAAUUAGGACUGGAAACUGGAAUAAACCAAUUUUGUUAACAAGA